AUAUAUAUAUAUGUAUAUAUAUUCACAUAUGUGUACACGAUAGAAUGUGAUAAAGUACAAAAGUUAUGUUAAGUUCAUGGUAUUGUGUAAAAGGACAGUAGUGCGAAAACGUUUCAAUAACAUUUUGAUAAUGUAUAAACAAAUAACGACCUAUUGACCAUUUUGUACCUUGUCUUAUCACAUUAAUUUUAAGUUAAGUAUUCUUGUCCAGUUUUGGUGAAACUAUUUUUUACACUUUCAAUACAAUAGCACCUCUAUAUGAGGGGUUAUAUUUUACACAAUAAUUACAUUUACAUUCUGUAUUAAAAAAGUGGGAGUGCUCUUAUGUUAAAUAAAAAUGACGAUAAAUUUUCUUAUAAUUUUCAGAGGAUAUUUAAUUUUUUUAAUACAAUAAGUGAUUAUAUGAAAUAAAUAUAGAAAUGCUUCCUAACAUACAUGAUAAAGAUUACAGAGUUUUGGAUUUGGUACGUCAACGUGAGAUACGGGAUUCCGUGGCAUAUGCAGUUUCUCAGAAGUUACAUGUUACAGAAAAUUUGAUAUCUCGGUUAGGACUUGAAAAAGAAUUAAUUGGUCAUACAGGAUGCGUUAAUUGCUUGGAAUGGAAUGAAAGCGGACAAAUCCUUGCUUCAGCAUCUGAUGAUAUGAAUAUUAUAUUAUGGGAUCCAUUUCGUUAUGAAAAAAAAUUAAUACUUCGUACACGUCAUCAUGGAAAUAUAUUUUCUGUUAAGUUCUUGCCAAAAUCAAAUGACAGGAUAUUGGUAUCAGGUGCUGGAGAUGGGAAAGUACGGGUUCGUGAUCUAACGCUUCUUGAACCAAUAUUUUCGUGUAAUUGUCAUAUAGGUCGUGUAAAACGUAUUGCUACUGCAACUACUGUACCUUUUCUUUUUUGGAGUGCUGCGGAAGAUGGUCUUAUUUUACAAUAUGAUAUUCGUGCUCCUCAUAGUUGCAAAAGCAAUGACUGUAAUAGUGUGUUAGUAAAUCUUGUUAAUCAUGCUGGUCGAUAUGCAGAGGGCAAGUGUAUUACUGUGAAUCCAAAAAAACCCGAACUAAUAGCUAUUGGAGCUAAUGAUGCUUAUAUACGAAUGUAUGACCGUAGAAUGAUUAAGCUUUCUCAGGUGCCUAUUUCUUCUCCACAUAGUAACUGGACAAGAGGAAAUGUAUGUAUACGUCUAGCUGGUGGAGGUGAUCCAGAUGAGAAUAUACCACUGGGUUGCGCACAGUACUUUAUCGCGGGCCAUCUGCAUUCUCGGCAGCGUGAUAGUAAUAGAAGUCUCACUACUACAUAUUUAACCUUCAGUGCUGAUGGAAAUGAACUCCUUGUUAACAUGGGCGGUGAACAAAUAUAUUUAUUUGAUAUCAAUAAUCCAAAAAACAUGAAGACUUGUUUUGGUUACUCUUCAAAUAUGUAUUUGGGUAAUGUUUGUAUUUAUUACAAUGUUCUAUCUUGUAUUAUCAAUCGUAAAUUAAAUAAAUUGUUAUACUUCAAUUUUAUAUGUAACAUAUGUAACAUGUUUAAAUUUUCUAAAUAUCUGCAAACAGGAGAUUUAGACAAGUACAAUAUGGAAAGUAAUGAAGAUAUUACAGAUUUUACUAGCAAAAACAUUAAAAUUUUACCCCCGCAUGUUGAAGAAUUAAAACGACAAGCUAAUGAAAGUUUUGAGCAACAAAAAUAUACAUUAGCAAUUAAUUUAUAUAAUAAAGCAAUCAGUUAUUGCCCUACUGCAGCUGUACUUUUUGCUAACAGAGCUGCAGCAUAUAUGAAACGAACUUGAUUAGCUCGUUGUCUCUUUGAUUUACAUCAAUCAGUCGAAGCUGAUAAAAUAAUUAAAGACUUUCAACAAAAAUUUCCUGAAUAUGCAUCUAACUCAGCAUGUAAAGCAUUAAAAAUGGAUAUAAAAGAAGCUAUAGAUUCUGGUAGAGAUAUUGACAUGAAUCAAUUAAUGAUUCAAAUAUCAGAAUAUGAACAAGAAUGGCGACGCAAUACAAUUGAUUAUAAAAUGAGAUUUUGUGGGCAUUGUAAUACUACAACUGAUAUAAAGGAAGCUAAUUUUUUUGGAAACAAUGGUCAAUAUAUUGUGGCAGGAUCAGAUGAUGGUUCCUUUUUUAUUUGGGAUCGUAAUACCACAAAUAUUAUGCGUGUAUUAAGAGGAGAUGAACGCAUUGUAAAUUGUCUUCAACCUCAUCCAUCCACAUGUUUGCUAGCUACUAGCGGUAUUGACCCAGUAGUUAGAUUAUGGAGUCCUUUACCUGAGGAUGGUAGCAUAAAUGAAAGAGAAAUUCAGAACUUAGAAGAUGCUGCAUCUGCAAAUCAAAUACGCAUGAAAAGCGAUCCAUUUGAAGUAAUGCUUAUGAAUAUGGGAUAUAGAUUUCCUGUUCAGCAGGCUGAACUAAAUGAAGACGGCGAUGAUAAUCAAGAUCAAUCAAUUGUGCAACCUUUAAAUUGUAGACCA